AUGUUCACCUGCGCUAGUUGUGGUUCUGAGCAUACCGACGGCCCUAUCUGUGGUGGAUGCAAUCAACACUAUGACUAUCAGUGUGCAGGAGUCACAGAUGUUGGUUACCGGAGACUCGGCGACAGUAGGAAGAGUGCUUGGCGCUGCCCCAAAUGUAGGUCCGGCUCAUCUCCUUCUCAACUGGCUGUAUCGCCCCAGCCUAGCCAGCUCGACAAAAUGCAGGAGCAGCUUAACAAGAUUGCCCUCGAUUUGGCUCCAUUGGCUGCGUUGGUUGCUGACGUGAAAUCCAUCAAACUGGAGUUGUCCGGACUCAAGGACUCCAUUGAAAUGGCACAUGACAUCAUAAACGGUUUCUCCGCAAAGGUAAAAUCUCUUGAGUCAAAGGUUAUCACACUGGAGAAGAUGGCAGAACAAGUACCAAUCCUCCAGGAUAAUAUUGAUAAAUUAAACAGUGAAUCGCGAGACAGAGACCAAUGGGCUAGAGCUAAUAAUGUCGAGAUCAUAGGUAUACCGCAGAAGAAAGAUGAGAAUCUGUACGAUAUAGCACAGAAAAUUGGAAACCUUUGCAACAUCUCUGUACGAAAAGAAAACAUUAAUUACAUUGCACGUAUACCGACUCGCAUCCCCAAUGUAGAUAAGCCGAUUGUAGUUGCUUUUAACAGUCGCUAUACCAAGGAGGAAUUUGUGGCUUCGGCGCGUAAAAGUAAAUUGCUCAAUAUUUCCAACAUAGGAUUUUCUACGACUGCCAACUUCUACGUCAAUGACCACUUGACUCCGACCAAUAAGUCACUUCUAAGCAAGGCGAAAGCCCUUGCGAAAGAAAAUAACUUCAAAUAUAUUUGGGUGAAACACUGCAAGAUCAUGGCAAGAGGAUCGGAUACUGCACCUACAUUUUUUAUAAAAUGCGAAAAAGACCUUUUAAAACUUACAAAUCAACAACUUUAG